CGGAUUCAACUGAUGGCGUCACUGUAGGCCAAAGAGGAGAAAACAACUCCCACGGGGGGUCGAGGCGGGGGAGAGAGAGGAAUGACUGAAGGGCACCGCAGAGAGUGGAACAGCCCACUCGGCGUGGACCGCUGCCCCGGGCCCGCGUCAUUCCCACUCACAUCGCUGUCGUGCGAGGACCUCGUCAACGUCUUCCCCGGAUUGCAACUUGUCAUUAAGCCGCUGGACUUUUCGCACUUUCCCGCUCUCCUUUUUUAUUUUUACAGCUUGGCUCACAUCGCCACCUUGUGUGAAGUCUCGGCACUGCAAAAAAAUGUGAUUCGGGCAAAAAGAUUCCCAAACCACAGGAAAUCCCAUUGGACUGCAUCAAAGGGAACACUUGCAUGCCACCACUGGACACUUGUUUUUAUUUUCUAUACAUGGAGGACAACAAUGUACCAUCACAGGACUCAAAGACCUCACAUCUGAGGAUUUAAUUUUUGAAACUUUAUCCAAAAAAAGCCUUGAAGUAAAGCAAGAGAGCGGCAACAUGGCGACAGAUUCUCUCCACGCCGCUUACGCUGCGGCAGCUCCAUCCGAGAUGGGCAUGUCGCCCUCGACAGGAAACCUGCUUCGGAUGUUUCGGGAGUACCAGAGCAAUGCGGUCAUCCUCGAGCACUACAACUUCACGGGCAAGCUGAAGGAGAACAAAUACAAGGAAGGACUCAAGCCGGAGGCCAUUGCCUUUCUGCUGGUGUGCCUGCUUAUCGUUGUGGAAAACGCCGUGGUGCUUGUGGCCAUCUGGAAGAACAAAAAGUUCCAUCUGCCCAUGUACUAUCUAUUGGGCAACCUGACUCUCUCCGACUUGUUGGCAGGUUUCACCUACAUGGUGAACCUCAUGACAUCUGGUGCCAACACAUUAAACAUGACCCCUGUGUUGUGGUUCCUAAGGGAAGGGGGGGUGUUCAUCAUGCUGGCGGCGUCCGUCAUCAGCCUCCUGGCCAUCGCUAUCGAGCGCCACGUUACCAUGGUGAGGAUGAAGCCUUACCAGGGCGACAAGCAGGGCCGAAUGUUCGCGCUGAUCGGGGCGAGCUGGGUGCUGUCCGUGCUGCUGGGCGUCCUGCCCGUUCUCGGCUGGAACUGCAUGGGCCGGCUGGACCAGUGCUCCACUGUCCUGCCGCUCUACGCCAAAAGCUACAUCCUCUUCUGCGUCACCGUCUUCAUCGCCAUCCUCAUGUCCAUCGUGGUACUCUACGUGCGCAUCUUUCGCAUCGUGAAGUCCAACACCCAGCGUCUCGGCUCCGGCCCGCUGAGGAAAGGCCUGUGCCGCAAGUCCCAGAAGUACAUGGCCCUGCUAAAGACCGUCACCAUCGUGCUGGGAGUCUUCAUUGUUUGCUGGCUGCCCCUCUUCAUCCUCCUGCUGCUGGACUUCUUCUGCCCGACCAAAAGCUGUCACGUGCUCUUCAAGGCCGACUAUUUCCUGGGCAUCGCCAUGUUCAACUCCCUUCUCAAUCCCAUCAUCUACACCCUGACCAGCAAGGACAUGCGGAGGGCCAUCCUCCGGCUGCUCUGCAGCCGAUGUCUUUUAACCAAAGACGGACAAGUGAAGAAGAUCGGGGUGCCCUUCCUGGAGUGCAGCACCAGCAAGACGGACGCUGCUUCUCACAGACUGGAGGGACUGGAGACCACCGUCUCUUCUGGAAAUUUUACACCUUCUACAAUAAAAGCUAUCUUCCCUAAACUGUCCAAGACCUGACGCUCAGUUGGCGUGAGAGCAGGCAUGAGAAGAAAUACUGUAUGACCACUGACUGAGGCAGGAUGCACGUUUUCAAACCGAAGCGCCUGUUGUGAUGGGAGUGGACGAAUGCGUAUGUCAGGAGUUACAGCAAGAAUGGUGUUGCACUCCGCCUUUCUGGUAUUACUCGUCUAUGAAUGUGAUAGUGAGGUAACAAUUGGUUAAACUUACCUUAGCGUACCUAGUUUUGUAAGUAAUCUCUUACUGUAUGUAGCUGCGACGUCCGUGCCUCCACAGGUGAUGGUCAAUUCAUCCAACUAUCCAUUCAAUUUCUGCUGGAGCUGAUCCCAGCUGUCUUUGGGUGAGAGGCCAGGUACGCCCUCAACUGGUCGCCGGCCAAUCGCAGGGCACAUAGAAACAAACGUCUUUACAAAAACAGGAUUCAAAUGAUUGCACAGCUCAGCUCAUCACAGUAUGGCUUGUGGGUGCGUGUAGGUCAAAAGCCGAUUGCGGUAUUAGUCGUGUUAACAGUGUGACGUCCUACCAGCACAAAACAUCGUAACUUGCCAUUGUAUUAAAAAGCAGGCGCAGCAAAUAUGACGGCAAUAGAGGAGACCUCACAUUUCCUGCUCUUUUAUAACAACAUGUUAUGUUUGUCCUUUUCCAAUCCUUUUGUUACAUGAACAAUAAACAGCCUUCAGUGCGUAGCUCUCCUUUUGGCCCCAUACCCAAACAGAGGGGAAAAUGUGACCAGGACAGAUCUUUUUUUUUUUGUUUGUUUUUGUCUCCCCAAAACCCUUGACAGUGGAAAUGUAAUCCCAUUGUAAGCAACUUUAAUGCUUCAGAAAGCUCCUUUAGCCCUCACAAGGCCAGCGUUCAUCAAGUUCUGGGCGGAUGCCAUUUGAUCUCACCACUGUUUACUUUUGGCGCAAAAAGCGAAAAUGGAAGCGUUCAACUUUGUGCAGAUGUUUCGCAUAAAUUACAGCCCAUUACGCUGUCCAUCUAAAAGAGUGUAACUAAAGCCAGCGCAUGAGAUUUACCCAUAUCUCCGCUCCCUGUGUAGCAGAUAAUGAUAUGUUGUCGCUAGCACGGAGCAUCCACACCCAACCUCUGUAGCCAAAAACCAUGUAAUUUCUGCCAUCUGAGUUUUGUUCAGGAGAAAUGCAGGGUAGAGGCCCCCCCCCCCCACCCACCCACCCCCCUAAGCACAGCCAACAUCAGAGACUCAGCAGUCCCGAGACACACAAAAGACGUCAUAUGGUUGGGUUUCAUCUUUGGGGGUCCUUUUAAUGUAUCGCGAUGGAUGCUGUGUGGCUGAAAGGAAUUAAAGUACACAUAGUUUUAGUUAAUGGACUCAAAUGGCACAACAGCAUCCUGUGGCUUGAGAGAAGCUUUGAGAACUUUGUUAGUGGACAAAGUUUGCAUGAUUUCAAUGGUCUUCCCCCCUGCAAAAGCACAUAAUGUCCAACACAAUAGCAACCUCCAGGCCGCACUGUUAACAUUCAGACACAUUUCACCGGUGCAACAGAAAGAAAGUCAGCAUUUUCUUCAUCACAUGUGUUCAUAAGCAGAAAUAGAAAACAUUUUGUUCUUUCAGUGUGUAUUUUGUAAAUAUGUAGCAUCUCGUGAGUUUAUCAGAACUGUUUGUAAUGUAAAAUUAUUAAGUUAUGUCCAUUUUUGUCUGCACUGAAUAAACUAUUUGUAUUGAUAUUUGCACAUGUUGCUCAAGUGAAAGUGUCAAGUGAUGGUUUCAAUGUUUAAAAUUUCAGUUGAUUAAAAAAACAACUCUUUA